AUGCCAGUACAGCAGCAUGUUCUCAACUGGCUGUACAGCGUCCUUACCAGCGAAUACCACGACGUCAAUCGCACAUACAACGAUGUCGCCCAAGCAUUGACACAGUACCCGACCCUCUCCCCGCGCACCGACGUACAUACCUUUUCCAACGGCUCCAGCGCGCUUCUGCUUCACAUCACCGGAACCAUACCCGUCGACUUUCGCGGGAACACAUAUCGGUUCCCAAUUUCAAUAUGGGUCCCUCACGCCUAUCCCCGCGAGCCACCGGUCGUCUAUGUCACGCCCACCGAGACCAUGAUGGUUCGUCCAGGCCAGCAUGUUGAUCCCCAGGGGCAGGUGUACCACCCCUAUCUGGUGGGAUGGGCCCAGUUCUGGGAUAAAUCAAACAUCAGAGACUUCAUGUCCGUAUUAUCCGACGUAUUUGCCAAAGAGCCUCCGGUUGUGUCCAGGCACGCGGCUCGACAGCAACCGCAGCCUAUCCAAGCACCGCCUCCGGUGCCCCCUCUGCCCCCGGAGAUGGCACCUCGACCGGUACAAACGGCCCAAGGUUCGACAAUUCCGCCUCCGCCUCCGCCAAAAGAAGAUCAAACACCCCAACCCUCCCGCAACCCGGCCUUUCCUUCAUCAGCACAGAGCGUUCGCACGUCCUCUGUCCCAUCCCGAUAUGAAUCGGCGCCCCCACUUCCAACUCAAGCGCCAGCAUCACCGCCUACGGCACGACAUGCUCAACCCCCGCCGCAGCUCCGACACCUCUCGCAGCAGUAUGCGCAACCUCCCACGGACUGCUGGCCUCCUUCACAUGGCACGCCUCAGACCGGGCCUUGUUCGCCGCAACAGCUUCCACCACAAUGGCAGGCCCAAGGCCCCCCACCGCCCGGAUAUGCUGCAGCCCCUGGCACAGGAAUGCCACCACACAUCCAGCAGCCUCCGGUGCAGCAAACUGCUCCUCCGCCUCCGAAUAUCCUCGACGAACCGCUCACUCUCGACAUUCCCGAGGCCACGACCGUGGCGCCUCCCCCGAUACCCCCGAAUCCCGAAAAGGACAACCUCUUGCGGCAAAUCGCCCAGACUCUGUAUGUGAUUCGACAGCAGUCUCGGCAACAGAAUGAAUCCACCAUGGCAGGGCUUCACGGGCAACGAAACGCCAUGCAGAAUGCCAUGGCUGGCAUUCAAUCCGAAUCGAGCCAGCUGUCCCAGCUCUCCAACGUGCUUACGUCAAACACCGCCAUUCUCCACGACGCUUUGCGGAAGGCAGAUGCGGUCAUUGACGGGUCGAGAAGCCACCCCGCGCCCGACAUCGACGAGCUGCUCGUGGCCCCGACCGUCGUGUCCAACCAGCUGUAUAAUUUGGUGGCGGAGGAGAGGGCCCUCGGAGACGCCAUCUUCACGUUGGGCAGGGCCGUUGAACGGGGCCGCAUCUCCCCGGCCGUAUUUGCAAGGACGACACGAUCCCUGGCGAGAGAGUGGUACCUCAAGAAGGCGUUGGUCAGAAAGAUAGGCCAAGGCAUGGGCAUGACGCUGGCACAGCCCUAG